AUGACUUCGAAAUUGAAGCUUUAUCCUCGAUGCUCGCCGAAAGGUUCAGCAAUCUUUAAUUUGCCUGUAGGGAAGCCAGUCUGCAUAAUUACGGGGGCGACAUCUGGCUUGGGUGCAGCUGCUGCAUAUGCUCUUUCCGAGGAGGGGUUUUAUGUUGUUCUUGGUAUUGCUUAUAACUCUCAAUCAAUGGGAUUGUUUUGUGUUAUAUCUGCUGUAAAGAGUGGAAACCAAGAUUCUUGCCUGAAAGCUUUUGAGGUCGAUCUCUCGUCCUUCAAAUCCAUCAUCCAGUUCAAACACUCACUUGAGCAAUGGCUAUUGGAUUCGAAAAUGCAUUCUUCUGUUCAGCUCCUGAUAAAUAAUGCUGGGAUUCUAGCAACAUCACGUAGGCUCACCUCUGAAGGAUAUGAUGAGAUGCUGGCUACUAAUUAUAUCGGUGCUUUUUGUCUUACUAAAAUCUUACUUCCCCUUCUUCAGAAUAGUCCUGUUCCGUCUCGUGUCGUCAACCUCACAUCUUUCACACACCGAAAUGUUUGUUGCAUGCAAGCUAACAGAGAAACUAUAUCUGGGAAGAGUUUCGUGAAAUCAAAAUCCUAUCCCUACGCACAAAUUUACGAGUAUUCUAAAUUAUGCAUGCUACUCUUUUCGUAUGAGCUUCACAGGCAACUUGGACUAAUGGAGAAAUCCCAACAUAUAUCUGUUGUUGCCGUCGAUCCUGGAGCUGUGGAAACUAACAUUAUGCGUGAAAUUCCUCCAUGCCUUUCACGGAUGGCUUUAUUGGGGUUGAAACUUUUGGGUCUUCUUCAGUCUUCUGAAAUUGGCGUGCACUCUUUAGUUGAUGCGUCACUCGCCUCUCCUGAAGUAUCAGGUGUUUACUUUUUCGGAGGAAACAGUAGAUGUCUGCAAUCUUCUAGGCUUUCUUACAACUCCAGUCUUGCUAAGGAUCUCUGGGCUACCUCGUGCGAUCUUUUCCAAGAAUUGGUGCUAAACUUUUGA